AUGCUGAGCAGGCGGUCGCUGGGCUUGAGGACCACAGCGCCAUCACAGACACAGACCUCUCACCCUGAGGAUGAAGCAUUGCACACAGAUGAGCCAACCUCUUACCGAAAAGCACCUGGGCUGACAGGGGCCAGGAAGGCGGCACAGCCAAAAAAGAGCUUGCUGAACAAGCAUGAGGACCAGAGUUCAGACCCCGACACCCGCGGGAACGCACUCUCAGACCCCGACACCCGCGGGAACCCACUCUCAGAUCCCGACACCCGCGGGAACCCACUCUCAGAUCCCGACACCCGCGGGAACCCACUCUCAGACCCCGACACCCGCGGGAACCCACUCUCAGACCCCGACACCCCGCGGGAACCCACUCUCAGACCCCGACACCCGCGGGAACCCACUCUCAGACCCCGACACCCGCGGGAACCCACUCUCGGGUUCCCCGACACCCGCGGGAGCCCACUCUCAGAUCCCGACACCCCCGGGAACCCACUCUCGGGUUCCCCGACACCCCCGGGAACCCACUCUCGGGUUCCCCGACACCCGCGGGAGCCCACUCUCCGGCUCUCGACACCCGCGGGAGCCCACUCUCAGACCCGACACCCGGACCACUCUCGACCCCGCGGGAGCCCACUCUCAGACCCCGACACCCGCGGGAGCCCACUCUCAGGUUCCCCGACACCCGCGGGAACCCACUCUCAGGUUCCCCGACACCCCCGGGAGCCCACUCUCAGUUCCCCGACACCCGCGGGAACCCAUCCUCGGGCAGGAGCUCAUGAAUUCUCCCAGGCUGAUCUGGAGCCUUGUGAUCCUACCUCAGCCUUCUGA